AUGGCGGGCCUUGAUCUAGGCACCGCCUCCCGUUUUAUGAGCCAUCUCCACCACCUUCCUGACCUCCAUCUCCAACACCAAAACCCCGACACUUCCGACGAAAACCAUAAAAACAACACCAAUCAACUAGCCGGCGGCGAUAACGCUCAAGCCCUUGAACUAAUUUCUUCCGGCGACCUAGCAGGGCGGCGACCGCGUGGACGCCCGCCAGGCUCCAAAAAUAAGCCAAAGCCACCGGUGAUCAUAACGCGGGAAAGCGCGAACACACUCCGUGCACAUAUACUAGAGAUCGGCGCCGGCUGCGAUGUCUUUGACUGCGUCGCCACCUAUGCGCGCCGUCGGCAGCGCGGCAUCUGUGUACUUAGCGGCAGCGGAACAGUUACUAAAGUCAGCCUUCGCCAACCUUCCUCAUCCGGAGCUGUCGUGGCGCUUCACGGACGGUUUGAGAUCUUAUCUCUAUCGGGUUCGUUUCUACCUCCACCGGCACCGCCUGGAGCCACAAGCCUCUCUAUCUUUCUAGCCGGUGGACAGGGGCAAGUAGUCGGAGGAAACGUCGUCGGAGAGCUUUUCGCCGCUGGGCCGGUGAUAGUUAUUGCGGCUUCGUUCACCAACGUGGCAUACGAGCGGCUGCCGCUCGAGGAAGAAGAUCUGCAGCCGCCGCAGCUGCAGAGCUCCGCUGGAGAUGAAGGAAACAACGGGAAUCCGUUUCCUGAAUCGGCGGCGGCGGGAUUGCCCUUCUUUAAUCUACCGCUUAACAUGGCGGGUCAGUUGCCGGUCGGAGGAGGGCAUGGUUGGACCGGGGAUGGAACGACUAACCGGCCGCCGCAAUUUUAA